AUGUCCGAAAUUAAAGUGCUGACUAAUGGCAGGACUAUGCCUUCUAUCGGUUUUGGACUCUAUCAAUUAGCAAGGGAGCGUACACAAGAGGUAUCAACGAAAGCUAUCGAAAAAGGCUGGAGACAUUUCGAUUGCGCUAGAGUCUAUAGAAAUGAGAGAGAACUCGGUGAAACAUUAGCUGCACUUCCUAAUCACGUAUCGCGUGAAGAACUAUUCAUAACGACCAAGCUAGACAAAGCUGGUACUUCUACACAUGCUUGUAAGGAUGUUAGGAAGAGUAUACGGUACUUAAAAUCAGACUACCUCGAUCUGAUGUUAAUACAUUCUGCUACACCAGGUAGAACAAAUCGUAUCGAUGCUUGGAAGAGUUUAUGCGAAGCUUAUGACGCUGGACUUUGUAAAAGUAUUGGUGUAUCAAACUAUGGUGUAAAGCAUCUUGAAGAAUUGAAGACAAUAGAAGGUGUCUCUGUCAAUGUUCCACAUGUGAAUCAAAUACAAUUACAUCCUUGGUUACAAAACAGACCAAUCGUUGAUUACUGUAGAGAGCAUGGAAUUGUAAUACAGGCGUUUUCACCAUUAGCAAGAGCAUCACGUUGGUCUGAUGAUACAAUACAGAGAAUAUCCCAGAAACAUUCGGUAACACCAGCUCAAAUUCUGAUAAAAUGGUCGCUUCAACAUGGGUUUGUUCCGUUGAUAAAGACUGAAAAUGAGUCACGGUUAAGCGAAAACCUCUUACUUGACACUGAUUUCUAUCUGGAUGCGCAAGAUAUGAUUGAUAUAGAUGGAUUAGAUACGCCAGAUGGGGCCUGUACCUGGAACCCAGUUGAAUGUGAUUAA